CCGGGGCCUUAGCACGAAACCACUGCCAGUACUUUUAAUUUUUUAAUUUGACCCUGAGUCUGACUCGGUUUCUCAGGUUGGGCCUGAGUUUGCAAUCCCCUGCCUCAGCCUCUUGUAGCUGAGAUUACAGAUCUGAAGAGAUUUGCUGGAUGUGGAAAAUAACUUUUCCAAACCACCUUGGUGUUGUGCUGUGUUUGUUGGGAUGAUGUUUGGGAGAUUGAGUCUUCCACAGCUGCUUUUUGCUGGCAUCGUGGGAAUUGCUGGAGGAAUAUAUAUUUACCAACCGAUAUUUGAACAAUAUUCCAAAGAUCAGAAGACAUUAAAACAGAAGGUGGAAUUAACAGAAGAAUCAAAAGAGAAGAAAAAUUAAUGCUACAUGGAGUUGAAUUGUAAUGAUUGCAUAAAGUUCUAUUGGACUUAACAUUCACAAUAAGGAACCUAGUAAAAACUUAGAUAUAUAUUUUAAAUAUGAAUAAAUCAU